GGAAAUCGAACUGUGACACGAUACUGACCUCCAGCUUGUUUCCCUGGGAUAUCAAAACAUGUCUGCUCCUGCCUUGAUAGCUUUGAAUUGUGAUGAUGGCAAAGAGUUACUCAAAACAUCAACAUAUCGCCAAGAUGACAUAAUUAAAUACUUUGGUAAACAGAAACAUCGAACAAUGUGUGGUUUGCAGACGGCAGCCAUUGUCAUGAACGCAAUGAAGCAAGACAGUGACUCCCUCUAUCAUGAGGAAACCAUGUUUGAUUUGAAACCUACAACGUCUGUGCUGGAUAGAUCCACAGCUGAAACACAGGGGUGUACAUUAGAUGAGAUGUCAAACUUAUUCAAAGCAUUCAACUUUGAUGUCAAAACAUAUUAUGCAUCAGAUAGCAGUGAUGAAGAGUUCAGACAGGUUGCCAUAGAAACAUUGAGGGAUGGGAAUUGUCAGAGUGCAUUGGUAAUAAAUUAUCAUAUGGGUACUUUGGGUCAAGGGUCAUACAAAGGUCACAUUAGUCCUGCAGCUGGUUAUCACCAAGGAAGUGAUCGGAUAUUGUUAAUGGAUGUCUGGCCAGAUACAUAUGAGUUAUGGGCACCAAUUAAAGAUCUUUUCAACGCUAUGAACACACUAGAUAACGUGAGCAAGAAAACUCGGGGAUAUUUAGUUUUAAAAACUAAGGCCUAAAAAAAUUAAUUUUUGGUCAGUGUGUGCACCAACAAAUAUGUUGCGGCUGAUCUUUUCAUUUAUUUCACCUUUACG